GUUUUCACUUUUUUUCCAGUGUUAAGUAAUCAAGAUGGAUAUUGAUUCUGAUAAACAAAAACGAUCACAUUGUUAAGUUACGCUCUAAAAUUAUUGUAACUGUCUUUUAUACGAACUCCGCCAAUUUGACAAAAAUAAGAUCGCGUAUACAUACACAAGAUCAUACUGGCAUAAUGAAGACUACGGAUUCGGACGAUAUCAUCGGUCAGUUACAAGAAAAGGGAAUUAACAAGGAUCCUAGCCCUCGUGGCAGGAUUUUCUCCGUUCCCUCUGCCUCUGGGGAAGUAAACUUUGGAUUAUCUCUUCAAACAGAAAACUCAACACUGAUGGAUCUAGAAGGAGAUACAGCACGGACGACACCGAGUGUAGAGCGCACAGAUAGAUCCUCCUCCGGCCGGCGAGGCAGACGACUGAAUUUUAGAACAGUAGCAAGACUUGUAAAAUUGAGCACGGAGGUCUCAAAGCAUAAGGAAGAAGACCGACAUCAUCACGGGCAUAUUUCUGACUGGACACACAGAUCACAUCACGAACAAAAGCCUCCAGAAAAAGAAUUCGACUUGAAUAUGAGACGCAGUACAGUUGCUGACGUCACUCGUGACUUCCGGCGUCGCCGGUCGUCUGCAACAGCACAACGUCAGGGUAACUUGCGGAAACAGUCAAUCGGCUCCGCGGUGAAGGAAACUGAAAAAACAAGGACAACAAUGGCACAUCCAAGAUCAAAUUCAAGUCUUUUAAGCAUGGCCGUAAGAGAGGAAGUUCUUAAACGGAGACUGAUGACAAAGAUGAAGUUUAUUGUCCGUCUAAGUUUACUGGUUUACAGAUGGUGGAGAAAACAUAGUCACACUGCGGUAUCCCAGACACACCCGUUCUAUAUGCAGUACCAGAUGAUAAAUGAUCUCUCGGAAACCCAUUCAGAAAAUGGUAUUGAGUUCAAGGCCUCAUAUUUCAAGGCAAACAAACAGAUGCGAAUGUCCCAAGAAGCCAGGCGAAUAUUAACUAUGAACCCUGAGGACAGGUCUAAAGAUGAAGUAUAUUACGCAAUGAUUGCGCUGCGAGGUAUCGAUUGUAUAGCCGACUACCCACUUAGAAUGCAAGAAGCUCUUGCCAGACACGGCAUGUUUCAAUGCUUUGAUCCGAAACGUAUUAUAGUAAAGCAAGGACAUCCGCCACUCUACUUUUAUUUCAUUUUGUAUGGAACAGUUGUCGUAGCGACGUUGGACAGCGGGGAGCCGUAUGCAAAGACGAGGGUUACAUUGAGAAGAGGAGAAAACUUCGGGGAGCUGGCAAUAGCACACAGAAUACCACGACAAUCAACGGUAUUGACGAUGGAAUAUACAGAGUUCCUAACCAUAGACUGUGAUACUUAUGAGAACAUAUUUAUGGCAGGUGGAGUUAAAACUAUACACGACCCCGACCAUAACAACUUUAUGAGGUCGAUGUACUUUCUCCGAGACUGGCCUCUGGAAAAACUUCAAACAAAUCCAAAAGCCAUGGAAUUUUGUUAUUUUAGGAGAAAUACAGUUAUGGUAAAAGACAGUAAUAUGUCUGACUGGAUUUACAUUGUCAAAUCGGGUUCACUACGGGUCUACAAAAAGUUAAAGAAAUGUUACCCAACUGUGAACAAGCGGACGGGUAACUACACAGAGCUGGCUAACACUGACGGCUACCAUUGUUUUAUGAGUCAAGAGUCCGAGUACCAUCGAUAUGCCAUGUACAAUCAUGUAGACUUGCCGCCACCUUUGUCGCCGGAUACAGACUCCGAGGAUGAGGACCAUACAUGUGUCAUAUUUAAAGUAUGA